AGGACUUACAAAUACGAACCUGCUUACAUAAUAAGCAAAUAUUUGAAAACACGAUCGAAACACUGACAUUAUCAGCUCGCCUGUGCAAAUGACAAAGCGCGUUGAUAACAUUCGCGUUCUAAAUGCUUGGUAUGUCACCGCAGUAGUUUCACGUGUCUCGCGGUCGCGUCAAUUUUCAACGAAUAAUCGUGCGUUUGUUGGUUUAUGUGUCGCGAUAAAAAAAUCGACGAAAAUCGUUAUCACGUCACCACCAGACAAGUGGACACACGAUCGAACAUCUUUAAAUCGGUCGGUGUGAGAGCGAAAGAUUCGCUCUUGACACCAACGAUUGUACAAGGGAUGAUUAUGUACAACAACAACGUGACCGAUGUUGCUACCAGCAGUACCACGUCGCCGAUUAAUUGCACCACGGUAGUCUACGCCUUUCCGGGACAGGAUCGCGUCGUUGUCGGAUAUAUCAAUGAGUGGAUCAAUGCCUAUUCGUUCAUAUCGAAGAAUCAAGAGAAGUUCUACCUCUACAUCAUCGUGUCGAUCACAGCCGGCAUUUUAAUCUUUCUGGGCUUGGUGAUCGGACGUCUUCUAGUCAGUCGUCACCGAGCAAAAAGAGACGCAAAGUUUCACGCGAACAACGAGACGCUCCCGAACGGAUUCACCGAUGACAUCUCGGAGAUCGACGCAGAUAUUGAUCUCACCACGCCAGUGCCGGUUCCCAUGCAAGACGCCAGGAUUCCCGAGACCCAAUUAGCAGAGAGGUUACACGGCGAUCGUUACUACGCAGAAACAAGGAUACCCAUGUCACCGACGACGAUGCACCCGACGCCGGGACACUAUCCUGGCAACACCGGCGUCAGGGUGGAUCUUGGUAAUCAUAUGGUCGGCGCCGACAACUUACACACGAUUCUUCGCUCGGACAAUCCCCGGAGCUUGAACACGAAAAGCUACUACUAUGGCUGACAGGAGGAGGGGGGUGUCCCGCGCGAGGGACGACCCCCGUCCUUGAGCCCGGUACCGGAGGUGAGCACGCGGAAGUACUGCUUUUAAACAAGAGACCGAUCUGUUUCUCAAAACACUGUCACGGGAAACGGAGAGCUUUUAUCACAGGACGAUAUUCACUCGUCGUCGAUCCGAAUCGUUGUUUCUUCGAGCGGAAGUACAGGUGCCUUCGUCCCGGUACCGGAAACAAGCGCGAGGUGGUGAGAUUUUUUUCAUAUCUGUAUAAGAAUUAUAACUUUUAAACAGUCAGAAUUUCCGGUAAUUAUUUAGAGGUUCGAGAACAAGACCAAUUUCGCUAAUUUUUUAGUAUAUUGUCAGGGAUGUGACUCUAAACAAUUAUUUCCUAUACAUAUAUAUAACGUAUGGUCUGUUUUUAUUUCUGAGAUUUUUUUGAAAAACUGUCAGAACUGAGAUUACCUUCUCUAGGUAAUUCUGAAAUUUUGCGCGACCGCAAGCCUAAAGAAAUUAAUCUAUGUUACGAGCUCCUCACAGUAUAUGCCAGAAUGCCGGUUGCCAUGCUUGUAAAUGUUUCAGUAUAACGAUGAUUGUGUAUGUCAACACACAUUGUCACGGACUGAAUACGUACGAGUAACUUCUUUUACCAAUAUAUUAAAUGCCAAUAUAUUACGUCUGAUAACGUAUUAAAAAAUUAGCGAUAUCCAAAUUUCUAAAUAAUUACCGCAUUUUCCUUGUACAAGCACGCGAGUUGCGCUACGAUUUCAUUGCGGCAUUCAAUGAAACUUAGAAAAUUCAUGGUCGUAUGCUUUUGUACAAGAAACAAAUAAAAAGUUGUUGUUCCGUGUAAA